GGGAGGGAACCCGUUGGUGGCUGUAUCAUGGCGCGCCUACUGAGAGCACUGCGGGGCCUGCCCUUGUUGGAGGGGUCUGGGCGACCAGUUCGGGGUUGUGCGGGAUCGGUACGCGGGGACUCAGAGUCUCUUACAAAGUCCAAGCUCUCUCUAAGCAAGACUGACUGGCAGAAGAAACUGACCCCUGAGCAGUUCCAUGUCACCAGAGAGAAAGGAACUGAAGCGCCUUUCAGUGGGAUAUACUUGAACAACAAGGAGACAGGGAUGUACCAUUGUGUGUGCUGUGAUAGCCCACUCUUCAGUUCCGAGAAGAAGUACUGCUCUGGCACUGGUUGGCCUUCAUUUUUUGAGGCUCACGGCACAACAGGCUCAGAUGAGAGUAACUCAGGGAUCCUGAGACGCCUGGACACUUCCUCAGGACGUACUCGCAUGGAGGUGAUCUGCAAGCAGUGUGAAGCUCACCUCGGCCAUGUAUUUCCUGAUGGACCCGAGCCCACUGGCCAAAGGUUUUGCAUCAACAGUGUGGCCCUGAAGUUCAAACCAAGCGAGCACUGAUCAUCUCCGGGAGGCCUGUGCUUUGCCCUCCAUCCUGUGGAGCCUUGGUUCUGUAAUUCAGAGGACUGUCUUGUUUCAUUCUCUACAAAUUUAGGCUAAGGUUGUUGUGGCUGCACGGGAGCCACAACUCCUUAGUCCCCUGAAAACAACUCAACCCUAACUUCCUCUUGGGCUGCGGAAUUUUAGAAUAACAGAAAGACAGCCCAUUCUUUAACUGGCUUCCCAGGCCUUGGGUAGCACCAUUGCAGGGUUGGAACAGGUUCAUGGGCUAACAAGGGUCCCGAAAGCACCUGAAGAGAACCUGAAUUGGCCAUCACAGUUAAUUCCUUCAUGGGCAUUCACAGGUGAGGAGUCAAAGGGGAGAACAGGAAAAGGAUGGCAUGGAAGGGGUGGGAUCCCAGUGCUAAAAAGGAGGAUGGGAGGGGCUGAGCAUGGGCGGAAACAUACAAUGAUGGGUGAGAUCUUGUCAAAAAUUUUGCUACUCAAACGUUUGACUUCCAACCUUACAACUCACAAGUGGGAUCAAUGUGAGCUGAGUCAACUUCAGAGAUCAUGAAUAAUACUUUCCCUCAAUCAUUUGCUACAACACUAAACAUCAAAUAUUCAAAUAAAAUAUUG